CAUACAUUCUACAAGAUGAAGUUGAUGGCAUUUCUCUUUUUUAUAUAGGCCAGUGCAUCAUUUGAGUUACCAGCCACAAAAGAUAUCGGCUGCCAGACUGAGCCCCCUCAAACAAGUGAGUGUUGGCACACAACUCUCUUCUAGGACUCUUCAUUCACAUUACAAAAGUGAAGCUGUCCAGGCUACUGUGACCUGCAAGGACUUUGGCACGUCCACUGAUCCCUUCAUAGCCCCACUCCCUUGUCUAAGCUCAACACCCAUAAAGCGACCGUCUAAGAGACCUCGCCUGGAGGAGGAGGAGGAGGAGGACCCUUUCGAGGGGAGCUCAAUUAUCACUUCUCAAGGGCCGGACACAACCUAUGACCCUGCAGAUUCAGUCUCAACUUUGACAGAGUCAACAGUCAUGUCAGAUGCUACAUUCACUUCCACACAGGCGAUAAGAAAGUACAUAGUGUAUGAGACCUGUCUGAUGGAGCUGUUUGAGGUGUGUGCAAGCGUGCAUGCCUUGUAAAAACCAAAAGGCUUGGGACAUUUUUAUCAGUGGAACAGCUUUGCAAGCACUGUGAGUAUUCCCGAAGUUGGAAAAGCCAGCCUCUUCUGGAUAAUACACCAGCUGGGAACGUACAGCUUUCUGCUGCAGUGUACAUCAGUGGAGCCUCGUUCUUCAAACUUCAAAGGGUGUUCAAGGCAAUGCGUCUGCAGGUAUUUCUAUAUGACACGUUCCGUCGGCAUGCCAGAAUGUUUGUGGAACCAGCUAUAGUCCACACCUGGAGGAAGUCCCAGGAGGUGAUGCUGCAUCAGCUCAGCCAAGAUAACAAAGUCAUACUCGGUGGCGACAUGAGGGCUGACUCUCCAGGCCACUGUGCAAAAUAUGGCAGCUAUACCAUGAUGGACCUCAACACCAACACUAUUGUCGAUCUCCAGUUGGUUCAGAGUAAUGAGGUUGGUGGGAGCUCAUACAUGGAGAAAGAGGGCCUGAAGAGGAGCCUGUCCUUGUUGGGUGCACGAGGUGUAACCAUCGAUUGCAUCGUCACCGACCGCCACCCACAAAUUCAGAAAUUCCUGAGGGAGGAAAACAUCACACAAUUCUACGAUGUCUGGCACAUGGAGAAAGGACUUUCAAAGAAAAUAGAUAAAAUAGGCAAAAAAAAGGACUGUCAAAAAGUAAGGAGGUGGAUUCCAGCCAUCAGAAACCACAUCUAUUGGACAGCUGCAUCAUCCAAAACUGGGCCGGAGAGAGUGGCUAAAUGGACUUCCCUCCUGAACCACGUUCGGGAUGUUCAUACACACGAGGACCCCCUCUUCCCAAACUGCCUCCAUACAAUUCGAAAAACAAGGGACAAGAGUAAAUGGCUCUCAGCAGGAACUCCUGCGUUCUACAACCUGGAAAAGGAGCUGACCAAAAAGACUGUCCUGAAGGACAUUGCCAAGCUCAGUCCCCACUACCAGACGUCCUCUUUGGAGGCGUUCCACAGCGUCAUCCUGCGGUUCGCUCCUAAAAACGUGGUCUAUCCAUAUCUGGGAAUGCUGUGCAGACUGUACCUAGCUGCACUGCAUUAUAAUGAGAAUGCUGAUCGAGGACAAGCCACCACAUCAUCAUGGGAUCCUCGUUUCAAACUGAGCUUUCCAAAAUCCAGGAAGGGAGAGUGCAGAGCCAGACCAGUGAAGACUGACGCAACAUUCCGUAACUUUAUUUUUUUUCUCUCACUCAAACACAAACAUUUACAUUGUACAUGACACCGUACUUUUAACACAAUAAA